AUGGGCCCCGUCAGCACUUCGGCGUACCCGACGCUCGCCGUCGUGCUCACCAGCGUGGGCCUGCUCUUCCUCACUUGGUUCUUCGUGUACGAGCUGACCACAACGAACGAAACGGGCGACAAGAAGAGGAACCUGUUCAAGGAGCUGUUCAUCGCCUCGUUCGCCUCCCUGUUCCUGGGCUUCGGCACCCUCUUCCUGCUCCUGUGGAGCGGCGUCUACGUGUAG